UUUGGCUCAAGGGGCCAAGGGGCCGUGUGCAAGGGGACGAGGCGUCAUGACCUUUGCCCCGCCACGGAGAGAGGUCCGCGAUGACAAGCGGAGUGCCCCUGGCUUCUUCGGAGAGGACACGGAUGGCGAUCGUGAGUCACCGAAGGCCAAGUCAGCCAAGUCCCAGGAAACCGAGGAUGAGCUUCCCUUUUGGGAGGAGGCGAGAGCGAGAGCGCGGGGUGGAAGCCGAAUGCCCGAAGAGGAGAAGCUCGAGGAGCUGAGGCACGACUCCCGGCUCUUGGAGGCUCCGCGCCGGCACUCCACACCCUGUCUCGCCCUCAGCCGCACGCCCUCGACCAGGGCGACCACUUCCGCGACCACGAGCUCGCCGUCGUUUCACCUGUCGCCGAACCAAUGCCCUCAGUCGGAUGCCAAGCAAGAUGACGGCAAGAGAUGGCUGCAGGUUCCAAGCUUUCGGCCAGCCGUCUUGGCAGCUUUGGCGGUGUCAGGGCCUACACAGCGAAUGCUGGUGGACGAGCUGCUGGCUGCGAUGCGCCGCUUCCGCGGGACGGCGAUGCGGGCCUGGCGUUGUGACUUCGACAAACAGGGCGUGGGCUGGGUCAGCCAAGCCGAGUUUGCCCGGGGCUGCCGCUUUUAUCAGUGUCCGGCCCAGAUUUGGAGCUCCUGCCGCAUCAGCGGAGGUGCAGGGAUGAAGUUUUGGGAGUUGGACCACGAAGAAGCUUUGAAUCUGGAGCUCUUCGAGCAGGUGAUCUGGAUCCGCACAGGCUUUGACCUGCCUCAGACCUGGGCCAUCCUGGAUCCCAACAACCGGACUGCCUUGACCAUCCAGGAGUUUGUCCGCGGAUGCAGGGUGCUGGGCUUCGAGGGCGAUGCGCACCACAUCUUCAAAGGAUUGGAUCAUCAGGGCCUGGGCCGAGUCUCUUUUCACGACUUCGAGUACCUGAUGAAGCUCUGUGACAACUCCAGCUGCUCUCAGGCCUUCACCAUGGAAAUGCGGCUCCUCCGCAGCUGGGCUGUUGAGGUCUGUGCAGACACCAUCGAGUUCCUCAGAAGGCUGAGCCUCAUCGACGAGCACGCCGGUGGUUGGGCCCAGUGCCUGGAGCCCGUGGAUGCGGCCGAGUUCGCGCGGCGCUUGGAAGUGUUGGACUACCCGGGCAAUCCCAUGGAGAUCGCCCUGCAGGUGGCAAGAGCAGGAUGCAUCUCUGCAGAGCAGGUCUGCCUGGCGCUCUUUGGUCCAAAGCAGCUGCGGCGCAGUGACGGGCCGGGGGAGGAGAAGAAGGAGAGACCUCCGGCGAAGGCACGCAAGAAUCCGAUCCGCAAAGCCGAAUGGGACUCCAGCAUUUGCUCAGGCUACCGCGCAAACGUCGCCAGGCCAGCGGCCCUGCGCGUCUACUUCAGCACGCCUGCAAAGGAGGCCAAGAAGGAGCCCGAGCCAAAGAUGCCAAAGCGCAUCAGCCGGGUGUCGUCCAACCCUGUACUGAGCAGGCCCCAGCUGUCUUUGGCACGUGCCAAGGACCGGAGGAGCAUGUCCCCGAGCGAGCCGCGGCGGGUCCGGCCCGGGGAGCUGAACAACUGAAACUGUACGUGAUACGUAGCCCGCCCUGUGAAACACAGCGCGGACCGUUAAUGCAUGGGCUUGCUCGCGCG